GUUACACCAGAGACACGUUAUAUGAUAUAUUGCUAUCCUUUAGAUAGAAAUAUAAUAUUGAUGAUAGUUUUGUCACUACUGAGAGUGAGACUAUGAACGGAUCUUGCAGAAAAGCUAAAGAACUAUGACUGGACAUCGAUAAAACAAUAUCAGUAUAGUGAACUUUAUUACACAAAUACAUGUAAUUACCUUUAUUCAUUUUUUGCAUGAACUAAGAGUUUCGGUUGAUGUAUUGGAUACAAGAAAUAAUAAAAGUUAUUGUGCAGAAUAUUCUUUGAAAGAAAAACAACAAUAGGAGAUGGAAUAAUUGAGGUAAAGAAUGGAAACUAUCACAAUAUUCAUAGCAAUAGCAGUCGCAGUUGUCGUUAUCAUAGUUACAACAUGCGUAUGGCUGAGGGAUUCGCCAAAGUUCAUACGGCUCAGUAGAAUAAUGACAUAUGUGUGGAAUGUAUCAUGGAAGACGAUUUUCAAACGACACAACACUAGCUCAUUGACAGAGGCAGAAGAUAACUUUUUGCGGAUAUUCAGAUUGAUGAGUAAUGUUGCGCCUAAGGCAGUAAGAGAUGCAUUCGAUCAACAUUUUCCUCCAUCAAAUCUUGCAUCAAGACUUGCAAAAGAUCGACUUUUUAUUACUCAGAAUUUGUUCUACACUAGAGUUAUUAACAGGAAGCAGAUGGAUCUCUUAUAUCCAGCUUCAGGCAACACGUCUUCGGAAAACUAUGACGUGACACUAAUGAUCUGUCUAUUAAGAAAUUUAAGUACAAUUGUUCCGCCCUCCAACGGAUAUGACAAGAUGCCACCAGCGACAGAAAUCAGUGACGGGGCUGAUUUAGCAAGAAUUAAAUACUAUAGAAAUGAAAUCGUUCACGCUGAGAAAGAUGAAAUACCAAAGCAAGAUUUUACAAUUGCAUGGGCGUGCGUAUCUAAGGCAAUAGUAAGACUUGGUGGAAUUGCAUACAAAUCAAUGUGUGAUGAAGUGAGCCAAAUGAAUCUAAACAAAGAUAUCUUAACAUUUGUACGUCAAGAUUUAACAGAAUUCCAAGAGGAAAUUGGUUCAGAAUUGAAAACACUAGAGAACCAAACAGUUCAUAUACAGACAAAGGUAUCAAUGCUUAAAGAUGAUCAUGAAAAGUUCAAAGAUGCAGUAAAGAUUACAACAUUAGACCUUCUUACAAAAAUAACAGAAUAUGAAUUUCAAGAUGAACACAUCAAUGAACUGUCGUCAGAGUUUACCAAAAAGAUACAGGAUCUCUCAACAGAAAUUAAAGUUCGAGCUGCAGAUACUAUUCCAGGGAAUAUAAGAUCUCAAAAUGACCAAUAUAUAAAUGAAUGGAUGAAGGAUGACAGCAAAUUUAUUAUCACAAGGGCAACAAAACAUGUUGCAACAUCUGUACAGUUACAGAAUUGUAUUGUUGUCACUGGGAGCUCAGGGACUGGAAAAUCGUCAAUUAUUCACCAUGUUGCAAUAAAUUUGUAUAAACAUGAAGGGUAUGAAAUAAUUCCGUUAGUCACAGGACCAUCAGAUAUAAUACAUUAUCGUGAUUUAAGAAAGAAACAAGUUUUUGUUAUUGAUGAUAUUUGUGGCAAGGAGACAGUUAACAUUCAAACAGUACAUAUGUGGAAAGAUCAUUUAGAAAAAAUAGAAAAAAUAUUCAAAGCUUGCGAAAAUGAUAAAAAAGAUGGCAUAAAAAAUGUUAUUUUCAUGCAUAAUGAAAUACCAGGGCAAUCUACAUCUGCAAAACUCCUUAUUUCUUGCAGACUGCAUGUAUUCAAAGAUUUACAAUUCCAGCAACUUAAUUAUUUCGCAAGUAAAGAAUGCAAUUUAUUAUCACAACAGCUGUGUCUCUUACCAGAAGAAAGAAAGCUAAUGAUAAGACAGUACCUUUCAAAUGAUAUGAUCAACCAUAUUGAAACAUAUUUGGAAAAUUUUGAUUUCUUUCCACUGCUUUGUAAAUUAUCCGAGGGAAAAUCAUUUACUGACCUAAAGAAGCUUUUCACAGCCCCAGUAAAUACUAUAAAAGAUGAAUUAAUGCACAUAAUAAGAUUUCACAACAAAAUUCCGUUUUGUGCUAUUGUUCUUUGUGUAUUAUUUGAUGAUGGUUUUAGUUUAGAUUUGUUGAAGCUUAACACUUCAUCUCAGGAUGAAAUAAAGCUUAAGUCCGUGUGUGCAGAAUUUGGCAUUGAUGUAAAACAAGAAAUGUCCCGAACUACAUUACGAGAAUGCCUUGCAAACUUAGAAGGCACCUAUUUAAAAAGGCGGGGAAACAAGUAUACACUUAUUCAUGACAAAAUAUAUGAAAUUGCAGCUGUUAUUUGCGGACAACAUUUACAAGAAUGCUUUAUUAAUUUUGCGCCCAGUGAAUUCAUCCGGGAUCAUUACAUUUUCGAAUCGUUCAAGGACAGAACAAGUGGUGAGGAAAACUUGAUAAUUCUCUCAGAAGACAUGAAACACGAGUAUUUUGUCAGACUGAUCUUAGAUUUGAAAAAUAAUGAUUUGAAAAGUAUAUUCCAUAAUAAACAGUUACGAUUUAAUUCAUUUAGAUCGCAGCUUCUUUCGUUUUUCAAACGUAACCAUGAAGUUACACGUUUACUGUUGGCUUUUGACAGACGCAAUAGACGUAUGUUCUAUGGAUAUUCCUCGAUGUCCACACCAACACCUUUAAUGGAAGCUGUUACAGAAGGUUAUGUAGACGUGGUUCUCUUUCUGAUAGAUAUAAACUGUGAUGUCAAUGAAGUAGAUAGUAAGGGAAGAUCAACUUUAUAUAUCGCAUGCGAGGGAGGUCAUACUGACGUAGUGAAAUUACUUUUGGAAAGAAAUGUCAAUGUCUCUAAACGUGGAUCAUUCGGAAUGUCACCACUUUAUGUGGCUUCAGAAAGAGGGUACACAGAUAUAGUUAAGUUAUUGCUUGAUAACAAUGCUGUGGUAUCGCAGACGGACGAUUUUAAACAGUCACCAUUUUAUAUGGCUUGUAAAGGAGGGCAUACAGAUAUUGUAAAACUGUUACUUGCAAAAAAGGCUGACAUGUCUCAGCGUGAAAAGUUGUCUGGUAUGUCAGGAUUACUCGUGGCUUGUGAACUAGGACAUGCAGACACUGUAAGAAUGUUAAUAGAAAACAAUGCGGAUACUUUGCAUUGUGACGUUAAUAAAAGAUCAGUAUUGUAUAUGGCUUGUAAAAAAGGGUUUACAGCUAUAGUAAAAUUGUUAUUGGAGAAUAAUUGUAAUAUAUCGCAAUGUAAUAAUCGCGGACAAUCCCCAUUGUCUGUUGCAUGCAAAAGUGGUUAUAUAGACAUUGUUAAACUUUUACUUGAGAAACAAAUUGACAUCUCCAAAUGUGACAGACAUGGACAAUCACCACUGUAUUUGGCAGUUCAACAAGGGCAUACAGAUAUAGUGAAACUACUACUUCAAACCAAGGCUAACGUUUCUCAAAGAGGUUGGGCAAUGCAGACACCUUUGUAUGUUGCUUGUGAAAAAGGACAUACACCUAUUGUGAAAAUCUUACUGCAGAGUGGUGCUGAUGUCUCACAUUGUGGGAAGUUUAGACUUUCACCGUUGCAUGUGGCUUGUUUAGCAGGACAUGCAGAUAUAGUUAAAUUGUUACUUAAGAACAAUUCUAACAUGCUUCAAUGUGAUAAAUUUGGAAAGUCAUCAUUGUACCAUGCAUGUAAAGCAGGACACUCGGUUAUAGUAAAAAUGUUAUUGGAAAAUAAUGCUGAUGUGUCUCAGUGUGACAAACACCAUCGGUCACCACUGUUUAUUGCAUGUGAAGGAGGGCAUACAGAAUCAGUGAAACUCUUACUACCAAGGAAUAUUGAUGUCUCUAAACGUGACACUCAAGCACAAUCAGCAUUGCAUGUAGCUUGUCGAAAUGGACAUACAAAAAUAGUAGAAUUAUUGCUUGAAUCCAAAGCUAAAGUAUCUCAAUAUUGCUGGGCAAAGCAGACACCAUGCUUUUUUGCUUGUAAAGGGGGCCACAUUGACGUGCUUACAUUACUGCUGAAAGAAAAUGCUGAUAUCUUAAAAUGCAACAAGUAUAAACAGUCACCACUUUAUGUUGCUGCUGAAGGAGGGCAUACAGAUAUAGUGACACUGCUUCUCGAGAACAAAGCCGAUGUCUUUCAACUUGACAAAAGUGGUCAGUCAGCUCUUUAUAUUGCUUGUAAAGGCGGCCACACUAAAGUAGUUGAACUUUUACUUGCUAACAAUGCUAAUGUGUCUCAAUAUGACCGAUGUUGUAAAGAAUCAUCAUUAUAUGUUGCCUGUGUAAGAGGACACGAAGCUAUAGUAAAACUUUUAAUGAAUGCAAAUAUUGAUGUUAACAAGUGUAAUAAAGAAAUGAUCUUUGUUUCGUCGCCCUUUUCAAACACUUAUGUUAAUUCACCAUUGAAUGCUGCCUGUCAAGAGGGUUAUACGAAUAUAGUAAAACUUUUAUUAGAGAACAAUGCAGACGUCUUUCAGUGUGAUAACGAUGGAAAAUCCCCAUUGCAUGUUGCAUGUGAAGGAAAACAUAGAGACAUAGUCAAACUCUUAAUUGAGAAAAAAGCUCACGUCUCUCAAUAUGACAGCUAUGGAGUUUCACCGUUGUAUCUUGCUUGUAAAGUAGGUGAUGCGGAAAUAGUGAAACUUUUACUUGAAAACAGAGCAGAUCCGUUACAAUGUUUUAAGUCUAAAAACCAAUCACCGUUGUAUAUUGCUUGUGACAGACGACAAACUGAAAUAGUCAAGAUGUUGUUAGAAUACAAUGCUGAUGUGUUGCAGUGCAACCUACAUGGGGAAUCGCCUUUAUAUGUUGCCUGUAAAGAAGGAUGCGCAACUAUUGUAGAAUAUCUACUGGAGUAUAAUGCUAAUGUCAACCAGUGUGAUUGUAACGGGCGGUCGCCUUUGUAUUUAGCAUGUGAACGAGGAAAUGUUCAAAUAGCACAACUGUUGUUAGAAAACAAAGCUGAUGUCUAUCAAUAUGACAAAGAAGAUAUAUCUCCAUUUUAUAUGGCUUGCAAAGGCGGACAUACACGUAUAGCGAAACUCUUACUAGAACACAAGGCUGAUAUUUUACAUUCUAAUAAUUAUAAACAAUCGCCGUUCUAUAUGGCUUACAAGGAAGGACAUACAAAGAUCGUGCAAAUUCUUUUGAAGAAUAAAGUUGGCGUCUGCCAGAGUGAUGACGAAGACCGAUCCCCUUUCUUUGUGGCAUGUGAAAAUGGACAUACUGAUAUAGUUGAACUAUUACUACAGAACAACGCCGACAUUUCACACUGUAAUAAGUAUGGACAAUCCCCUUUCCUUAUGGCAUGUAAAGGAGGAUAUGCAGACAUUGUGCAAAUUCUACUUAUGAAAAAUAUUGGAGUUUUAAAAUGCGAUAUGACUGGACUAACACCAUUGCAUAUGGCAUGUAAAAUGGGGCAUUAUGAUGUUGUUGAACUAUUGAUAGAAAACAAUGCUAAUGUCAAUCAGUGUGAAAGACAAGUUGGAUGGUCGCCUUUGCAUUUUGCUUCUUUUGGGGGGUAUACAGAUAUUACUGAACUCUUGAUUAAAAAGAACGCAGAUAAGGAGAUAUAUGAUGACGAGGGGUUAACGCCAGAUGAUGUGUUUGAACAAGAAUUUGCAAAUCUGUAGUUCGACAAAAAGUAUACAUAUACAAGGAGAACAGUUACAAAAAAUAAUAUAAAACAAUGAAGUCCUGUCUGUAGUUUGUUCUUGAGACAAACGGAAAGUUAUAUUUUGAAGCCUCAGUUCGCAUAGGAAAAGAGGAGUAUGUAGCAUUUUAAAUUGAAAUAAAUCAACUUAAUUUUC